AUGCGCAUCGCUGUUCUUGCGACAUUGUUGCCCGCAGUACAUGGCGUUUCGACACAGUAUUGCCAUACCACUGUGAAAAGCAACUCAAGGCUAGGAAUCGAAGACCCGAUCACUCCAAUAUGGACUCCUGGUAGUCGGUAUGGCUCCGGUCUUCCUGGUCCGAUGCCUUCUUCAUCUACAGCAGCUUUCACCGGGUUGCUUUCGGCUUCCCUGGAGAGCGCAUGGCAGUGGCCUAUCCUUUCCAGCUCAUUCGUGACAACAGUCAAUUCGGUAACUUCGAAACCCAUCGCCAGCGUUUCACCGAGUGUACCCACUCAAUCGAGUGUGUUCACACUUGACUGUGAGGGGAAAGCUUCUCUUCGUCCGACACUGACAAUUACAUCAACAUGUUCAAGUAUCGCCUUCGAUCCUCCAUCGACCGCAGCUUCCACAAUUCCGAGUCUCACAUCUCCUUCCUCAAUAUUCAUGUCACAAUAUCCGCCGGCUUACCCCAGCUUGCCCAUCCUUCCUCAUGACCCGACGUCACUCACCUGGAGUUCAGUGCAUUCAUGCACGAGCUCUGCAUUUCCGUCUCCAACUUUCACAUCCAAGGAGCCAAUCAAUAUAUCUUACGAUAGCCUUUUCGGUCUACCCUCGCACCCAAGCUCACAAACGAGGGGUGGGACCGUACCAAGCAUAUUCGGCCCCUCUACGAAAUCGAUCCCUAAGAAGCCGACGUCCACGAUGAAUUUUCUUACGCUCAAGACUUCCCUCACGUUUUGUGAAGCAUUGACGCACAAAACUGACCCUGCUGUUAUCACAAGCAUAAUGGUGCCGGACAGGCAUUGUCCGUAUCCUUAUCCGAGAAUAUACUGCGGCGAAACGAUGACGAUAUUGGUGACCAAGACGAAGGACAAGCCGAAGACUAGUGACUCUGGGUGCCCUUAUCCUGGACAUGACAUAUCAUGUUAA